UCCUCCCGCAGUCCUCCGCCUUGUCUCGAAGCCCAAUUUAACUCCCGUCCCCGCACCUGACCCACGAUGAGUCGCUACGAUCGCGCAAUCACAGUCUUCUCGCCCGACGGCCAUCUUUUCCAAGUCGAGUACGCCUUGGAAGCCGUCCGAAAAGGAUCCACAGCGGUCGGCAUCAAAGGCACCGAUAUUCUCGUGCUCGCAGUAGAAAAGAAAUCAACUGCGAAGCUGCAAGACGCCCGCACCGUGCGUAAGACUGCCCGCAUCGACGAACGCAUCUGUCUGGCCUUCGCCGGCUUGACGGCUGACGCCCGCGUCCUUAUCAACAAGGCUCGCAAGGAAUGCCAGAGCUACCGCCUCAUGGUUGAGGACGCCCCCUCCGUCGACUAUAUUUCUCGACAUAUCGCGACUACGCAGCAGCGCUACACGCAAAGCGGAGGUGUGCGACCCUUCGGCAUAUCUACCCUUAUCAUUGGCUUCGAUUCUGACGGUACCCCGAGGCUCUUUCAGACGGACCCGUCUGGAUUGUUUUCGGAGUGGAAGGCGAACGCCAUUGGACGCAACUCGAAGACCGUUCGCGAAUUUUUGGAAAAGAAGUAUGACGAGUGUGUCGUUAACGUGGAGAAGGAGAAGGCAGAAGAGGAGACCAUCAAGUUGGCCAUCAGGGCCAUUUUGGAGGUUGUCGAAAGCUCUCAUAAGAACAUUGAAGUUAGCGUUAUGCAUAAAGAAACAGGGAUUAAGAUCUUGGCGGAGGGCGAGAUUGAACAGCUCGUCGCUACAGUCGAGAAGGAAAAGACUGAGACUGAAGAGAAGAAGAAGCCGGGGCAAACAACUUUGUAGGUCAAAGCGAGGGACAUUAACUACGCGAUUGGUGACUGUACCGCAUAAAAAAAAGGAAAUGCGGUAUCUUUUGUCGACUCGCGCCGACUGUCCGCGUGACUUUUUCUGUUUCAUCAUCGACGUCUUUGUAGUCAUCCUGAUUUCGAACGGGAGGGAAAAGCACUGCCUCUGCAGUUUUCUUGAGGAAGUGCUGAACCGUAUGUUGCACCUCGCGUUACGCUAGGGGCACGAGGUUUGACAAUGUCACGUGCGAGUCUUGGCCUAAGGUUUGUCGUGCAACCUUUGCACGGCUGUGCUCGUUAGGAUUACCGGCGAAGCAUUGGUUUCUGCUGCGUCACCUCAAAAACGAGACGGAAACGUUGCGUCUCUCUAUACCCUACUAUUGUACACCUGGGUCGUCCGCUGUCUCAAAAACGGCAACCGCAGCCUCUCCACCCCCGCGAUUGGGUAGUACAGCAUGUUCACAAAACCCCACCCAGGCUUUAUGACCUUUUCCAUACCUAUAGCUUCGACGCGAAUCCUUCUCAGAUCGGGGCUGAGUAAUAGACUCCACUGCCCGCCUCGGACAUUCGGCUUUGCUGGCAAUAGUAUAAUUUCAUGGCACAAGGUUAUUACGUUCGUACUACAUGCGACAACUCUGACCAACCAAUAAUCCUUGAAAAGUAAGGCAGCCUGGUACUCGCUCCCCAUGUGAUAAGGAUCGGCUCCCCCGUCGAAACCGCUUUGCAAAUAUGAAUGAAGAACAAACAUUAAAAACACUUCUUCGCUGUGCAUAAAUUCCGUCUUGAGUCGGAAUAAACAAGAUAGGCUAAAGUACUCGUCAAGGGCCCGUGGUUUCUCGGAGCUGCUGUGUGCCUGUACAAAUGCAACACUUUAGCAUCUAAUAUAGGCUCUGCUGUGGUUGACCUUUGUCUCAAAGUUGUGCGAAACUCCCCCACGGGUAAUUCAUCCUAUUGAAGUACGGUGACACGUCUGUACAGGCAUCCCAAGCUCCAAAACGGUAGCAUUGGAAACAAUCACUCGCUUCCGCACUAGCGCUUGCUCUCGCUCGCGCUAGGGGCCGCGUGAGCACUUCGCCGCCUUGCCCAGUAACCUUCAUUCCAUGUCUUGCCAUGUUUAGGUGAUGCAUGUUUCUUGCCACCAGUAUUCAAGCCAGUGAGCCUUUCCGAGAGCCCCAUGAUUUCCAUGUUUUUCAGAUGCAUAUCCCGCUUCAACGAUUGAUUGACCUUUACCAGUUCGGUUUCUUGGUCAAUCUUUUCCUUGAGCAUAUUCAACUCGCCAACUUGCAGCGUUGCGUUCUCUUUUGUCAGCAACGCAACCCUCCUCUCCAACUCUCUGAUGUGGUGCUUCCUCCGUUCCCUGCUCGCCGCCGCACUCUGCCGGUUCCGCUCAGCGCGCAUAGCCUUCCUCUGAUCCUGAUCUUCCUCCAUGUCCAUGCUCGACCCCGGGCCUGCACCAACAU